GUUAUAAUUCAAGAACUUGUGAUUCGGUUGAAAAAACCUUUGCUGAUAGUCUUCUACUUGUGAAGUUCUACUCUUUGUCCAGUAAUAUAGUGGGCCACUUGGUUUCUGGCUGUGAUGGAAAUGAAAUGGAUUUUCCAUUUGAAUUAACUGAUGAAGAAAUGGAAAUCAUACGCUUUAGCAGAAGCUCAUUUAUACUUGCCAGAUCAGGGACCGGGAAAACAACCGUUUUAAUUAUGAAGUUAUUUCAGAAAGAGCAGCUUCAUCAUUUAGCUUCGGAGGGAUUUCAUGAAGUUGAACGCAAUUCCAACAAAGAGACUGAUGGAUAUACUUUGCGCCAAAUGUUUGUUACAGUCAAUGCUAGACUUUGUUAUUCUGUUAGACAAUAUAUUUCUCAGUUGAAAAGAUCAACCUGUAAAGGGACUUACUCAGGAGAAAAUUCUAACUUCAUGGAAGAAGAUUUUGACGAAAUGCUGGAAUCUUCAGACAUUCCAAGUUCUUUUGCUGAUCUUUCACAAAGCUCAUAUCCUCUUGUCAUAACUUUUAACAAAUUUCUCAUGAUGCUGGAUGGAACAAUUGGUAGUUCAUUUUUUGAGAGGUUCCCUGAAUUAAGGAGACUUCGCCGGGAUAAAAGGACGGCUUGUGAGUCCAUGGUCCUAAAAACAUUUAUCAGAUCAAAGGAAGUUAAUUACGAAAAGUUUUGCUCAUCUUACUGGCCCUAUUUUAGUCCAAUGAAUACCAAGAAACUUGUCCCUUCUUCAGUUUUCUCAGAGAUAAUUUCUCAUAUCAAAGGAGGGUCGAGGAUUGGGAUCAAUGAUGAUAGAAUAAGUCGAGAAGAUUAUAUAAUAUAUUCUGAGCGGAGGUUAUCUUUUUUCAGUGAAGAGGAAAGAGGUAGAAUAUAUGAUAUUUUUCUUGAAUAUGAAAAGAAAAAGAAAAGAAAUGGUGAGUUUGACAUGUCUGAUUUAGUAGCUGACCUUCAUAAACGGUUUAGAGAUGAAACAUUUGAGGGUGAGAAAAUUGACUUCGUGUACAUAGAUGAAGUGCAGGAUUUGACAAUGAGACAAAUCUCUCUGUUCAAAUAUAUAUGCAGAAAUUUUAAAGAAGGAUUUGUUUUUUCAGGUGAUACAGCUCAGACAAUUGUAAGAGGAGUUGAUUUUAGGUUUGAGGAUAUAAGAGCUCUUUUCUAUAGAGAAUUUUUGUGUGAGAGAAAAGAGAAAGGAAAAAUUGCUGACCUAUUUUAUUUAAGCCAGAAUUUUCGAACUCAUGCCAGUGUCUUGAAGUUGGCUAACAGUGUUCUGGACCUGCUUUACCAUUUCUUUCCCUCAUCUGUUGAUAAAUUGAAACCUGAAACAAGUAUUGUACAUGGAGAACAACCAGUUUGGGUUCAGACAGAAGAUGGGUUGAAUGGGUUAAGAGCAUCAUUCAAAAGCAGCGGAAGCGUUUAUAAAGGUUUCGGAGCAGAACAGGUUAUCUUAGUUAGAGAUGAAGAUAAUAAAAAUGAAGUUUUUAACCUUGUAGGUAAGCAAGCACUUGUGUUGACAGUAAUGGAGUGCAAAGGCUUGGAGUUUCAGGAUGUUCUGCUAUACAACCUUUUCAGUUCAUCUCCUUUGAAUGACGAGUGGGAUAUUGUUUAUGGAUAUAUGAAAGGCAAAGGUUUUCUCGAAUUCCCUCAUCAUCUGAAAUCCGUGCCCAGUUUCGAUGAGGGAAAACACAUAGCAAUGUGUUCAGAAUUAAAGCAAUUGUAUGUGGCCAUUACUCGCACAAGGCGAAGGUUGUGGAUUUUGGAGAAUGGACAAUGUCCUGUCCUUCGAUAUUGGGAGAAACUACAACUUGUCCACAUUCGUGGAUUGGAUGGUGGAUUUCUGGAGGAGAUACAAGUAGCAAGCAGUCAAGAGGAGUGGAAAGCUCGUGGAUUUAAGUUCUUUUAUCAGAAGAAUUAUGAUAAGGCAAGAUUCUGCUUCGAAAGGGCAGGUGAAUCUUACUGGGAGAAAUGGGCAAAAGCUGCAUGUCUAAGACAUAGUGCUGACCUUUUGUUGCAUUCGGAUCCCAUAAGGGCACAUAAGCAUCUAACGCAGGCAGCUAAGAUGUAUCAAUCCAUCGGAAAGAUUGAGUCUGCCGCACAAUGUUUCUUUGAGUUAAAAGAGUAUGAAAAAGCUGGCAAACUUUACUUGGAAAAUUUUGGUGACUCUAAGUUGGAAGAGGCUGGUGAGUGUUUUCAUCUUGCUGCUUGCUAUGAAAGAGCAGCUGAUAUAUAUGCUAAAUGCAACUUAUAUUCCAAGUGCUUAUCUGUUUGUGCUGAUGGGAAAUUAUUUCAUUUGGGGUACCAAUAUAUUGAAAACUGGAAAUGCAGUAGUUUUCAUCUUGAUACCGAAGUUUGUCAGAGAUUCUUUGAGAAAGGAGCAGUUUAUUUAAAAAAGAUAAAGGAUUCUAAAUCCAUGAUGAAAUUUGUGAAAGCUUUUGAAUCGGAGGAAGUAAUGCGUACUUUCUUGAUGAGUAAAGAAUGCCUUGAUGAACUUGUAUCGUUGGAGAAAGAAUGGGGAAAUUUUUCUGAAGCUGCAAAUGUAGCAAAUAUGAAAGGUGAUGUUCUGCUGGAAGUUGAUCUGCUAUUGAUGGCAAAACUAUAUGAAAGGGCAUGCAAGCUGAUCCUUGUCUAUGUGCUUUAUAACUCCGUUUGGGCACAACAGAGCAACGGUUGGCCCUUGAACAAGUUCGUGCUAAAGGAUGAGCUUUUGACAAAAGCAAAAACAUUUUCCAAGAAAGUUUCAAAUGGCUUCUAUGAUUUUGUUUGCACCGAGGCAAACAUUUUAUCACAUGAGGUAUAUUUGUUUCAGAUAAAUAAGUAUUGGGAUGAUUCUUGGAAGAAUGGAAGCAUCAGAGGUAAGAUGUUGUGUGUGCGGAAAUUUCUUGAUACAUAUUUAUCUCCAAGUAUGUCAAAGCAAAUAUUGGAGGAUGAUAUGAUAAAAUUUACGCAAAGCAAAAAAUCCUGGGAACAUACUUCUGUUGCAAAUAUGACUUUUUACUGUGAUUUCUGGUUAAAAGAGACAGAUAAGAUGCUACAGAAUGUAGAGGGUGACAGCAAAGAAGAUUCUCGCAGUGAAUUCUGUAUGAACUAUUUUGGGGUCAGUAAACAGUUGAGGAAUGGAUGCAAGACUGUUUACCUUUUGCUAUAUCCAGAUGCAGCAUGGGUUCAUGACAUUAAUCCUCGACAUAUUAAGAGAAAUGAAUAUUCAUCAUGGAUUGAUGCUGACCAGUUUGUUAGUGCUGUGAAGCGAUACUGGUCUUCGAAAUUGUCUACAUAUGGUAUUCAGUUCCUUGAAACGCUUGAAGCCCUUUACAAGUUUUCAGUUGAUAAUGCUUUGUCAUUGUAUUGCAAAACCGCAAUUCUAAUUCAUAUCUUCAAGGUUUCGAAGUUUCUCACAAAGUCUAAGUUCGUAAACCAUAGAGAAUACAGCGACAUGCUUCAGAAAUUCUUAGAAAUUUCUAUCAGAAACUUCUUUGACCAUAUUUAUCUUCUGGAUUUGGAAAACUCGAUAACAGAUGAUAUGUUAUGCUUUAGAGAAUCAGACACUUCAAGGAACUUUCAGAGGGAUGUAUCUAGAAUGAUCACUUCCAGGACUAUGACCAGUAAAGAAACUGGAAUUCUCAUAACCGCUCUUUUUUCUGUGAAAUUUCCAUUUUCUUUGUAUAAGCAGACUUUAGCAAGCUUCAAAGCUUGCUAUACUACAUCAUGGAAAGUUUUUGUUGAGAAUUUUAGAAAUAUAAGAUCAGAGGUGACUGGUGACUGCAAUGACGAUACUGGCGAGCUGGCUUUGGUUCAGAAGUUCCACAAGGCUUUAGAAGAUACUGAUUUUGCUGAUUUUUCACCAAGCUGUUACUUGUUUCUACUCGACCGUUUGCUAAUUAUGGUUUCUUUCUUGAAGGGAUAUUUCUUCACACCAAAAUUUUUAUUGGUUGAAUGGCUUAUCUCGAAUGGAUGGAAUGUCAAUCCAAAUUUGAACUUUGUGUCUGGUGUGCAGCAGCCAUUUCUUGAAGACAUUGUUCAUUUCAUAGCUGGCAUGGUUAAAAAGCUCCUUUAUCACGAGCAAGACACCAUAGAAUGGAUCAGAAAGCAUAAUCUCAAUAUGGACUGUUAUCCAAUUAUUGUUUUGAGAUUAUUUGUCAUACUAUGUCUACUGUGCAUCAACUUUGAUGGUUUUUCUGAUUUUAUCUUUAAUUUGCUGGAGAAACGAGAAAUCACCUUGUUAUUACCAUGGAAGUUUUACGAGUCGCUAAGGAGGUUAAGGGAACAUGGAAAAACAGAAGUAAAGAUCGAAGUUGUUGCUGAAGCUCUAAAAAACAUCGGAAACCCUCUGGUGAUUGUGAAUCUUGGAAUAGAAUUCUCAGUUUCUGAUGCAAUAUUUUUGAACUUGAAUGUUGAGCAACACAGAGGGAGUAUUAUGAAAGCCUUGCGGCCUGGAUUGAACAGGAAACAGUCACGUGGCAGGCGCAUUUUUUCGAAUAUAAAUCACCAAGGGGAGCUGCAAACUUCAAGCUUUGAUUCUGUAAUGGAGAGGAAUGCAGCUGAGACUCAGAGUGAAGAAGUCAGCAAAGGACAGCGGACUAAUAGGCGCUUUUGGACAAUGGUUGGAUCGCUGGAUUAUGAAGGCAUACACAGAAAUAACUUUCAGAUUGAUGUUCUACCGCUCAAGAAAAUCGUACUGGAAUUUAUUCUCUUAGUUACAAAUUCUGUAAUCCGUUGGUGCUGCCAGUGUUCUUGGCAAGACUGUGAAGUUCCUUAUGAGCAGUUCGACAGUCUUCUUGAUGAAUUACAGCAGCUUUAUUCUACACUUUGUUUAAGUGAAUUCUAUUUUGAAGACGUUAAAGCGAUUCAGAACAUUGUAAAGAAAUUGCAGCUUAGAAGGGAAAGGAUCGAGCCUUUCGUGGAACGAUGGCUGAUGUGUGAAAGAAAAUUAGAGGAAAAUACAGAUCCCGAAAGUCACAAAAAUGGUGGUGCUGAAAAAUGUAGCAGUGAAGUUGCAGUUUCAUGUACUACCGGACAAUGCAGCAGUGACAGGAGUGACAAAGAAGGUGGUGACCGUAGUGCUGAUGAAUAUAGCAGUGAGCUUUAGGCUUCAGGAACUAGAGUAAAUUAAAUGUAUAGCAGUGCCUCGUUUUCAAGUUAAAGGGCUAGUUUGCUGAAUUUUGGAACUCAUGUGAAAAUGGAACUUGUGUCAUAGUUUAGUAAUUGAAAAUGUUGGCAUGUGGCUGUGUUUCGUGA